AUGGACACUACUAUAUAUGUAGACCAGACCGCUAGAGACUUCGAUGCUUACCUGACCCGAUUCCUUGCGAAUCCCGUCUGCCCCAGUGGUUGGGCCUCAGAGUAUAGCGCGAGCUUCAGUAGCUUUGCCACGCGAGACCUUAGCUCACCCGAGAAGCCCACAGACCAGGGUACGGUCCUCACGUAUCUGCUGCCUAUCAUGGCGGUAUGGAUUACCUCUCAAUUUCCGCGAGAAGACCUGAGCCGGAUCUGGACGAAUCGUACCACUGAGUACGGGUACGAAGAUGAGGCCGCCAAUAUCACUACCAUAGAAGAAGGCGUCUACGGCGCUAUGGACAGUUGGUCCGGAACUCCACUAUAUAGUCCUAACCCCUUGUUGGUUCAAACGCUUUGCAACAUUGCCGAGUACUCGAAAGGGAUACAAAGACUGGUCGCUGCUACUGACGUCCUCUGCUUGGAUGGGGAUUAUGAGUCGACCAGUUCAUCAGCUCUUUCCACACAAGCUGUGACUGUGUUAAGCAUGGACGAUCAUUCUGCUAAUGGUAACCAGCCAACAAUCUCAUUGAUUAUCAAUGGUAUUCUGAACGGUGAACUGAGCCUUCACUAUUUGAGGUGGAUUAAUGCUCGAGGCCGCCAGGUGGUCCUUGAGAUAGCCUUCUGGAUCGGAAGUACACCAGGAGUCACUCCUACCGACGAGAUCCGGAACCGCUAUCGCGAUAGAAGCCACACGCACCGCACUGACCGCUGGAUCGUUUUCCAUCUCCAUAUACAACUCAUUGAACGGACUUUUCCAGGAGUCACUAUAUUGGAUGUCUAUCAUAGCCAGACCAUCACACGGCCUUCGGUCGUCACUCGCGGUCGCCGAGCUGAUUUCCGGGCCCAAUAUCAAUACACAGGCUCGUAUGCCAGAGGGAGCUUCAAUAACGGCGACCUGCAGAAUUAUAAUGCUCGCAGUGACGCCAUCGCCCGUCCUAUCAAUGGCAAUCGACGGUGGUAUAUAGGUGUGGACCGGGCAGAUGCUAUUCGAGACCUCGAGGCAGGCACCUCGUUACCCACUGGUUAUGCCGAGUUACUGAAUAGUUUUGUAAGAGCUCUCCCUCUCUCUAUCUCGUUGACCAGUUAA